ACAAACUUCUUCAUCUCUCUCUUUUCCCAAUUUCUCAUAUAAUAAGUCUAAAUCCCUUCUCUCCACACUCAAAUCUAUCAAAAAUAAGAUCCAAAACCACCACCUCAUCUUCGGCAAAGCAGAUAAGGGUAACUGCCUUGUUAUUUUAGACCAACAAUUAUACAUUGACAAAGUCACCUCUUUCCUAGACAACAAUAACUUUACUUUGCUUCCUGUUGAUCCCUCUAAAUCUUUUGUUUCGAAGAUGAAAACCAACUUAAAGCAAUUUACUGAAUUCUUUUCUGAAUUUGAAGCACCAUAUACUAAAAUUCCAUCAAAUCCACUCACCCCCAGGUUAUACGGUUUACCAAAGAUACACAAAGUUGACAUUCCUAUUCGUCCCGUUGUCAGCUUCAUUAACACUCCAGUUUCUAUUUUAUCUAAAUUCAUUCUUAACACCAUUAAAAACUUUAUUAACUUUACCCCACAGUUUACUGUUUUGAAUUCUCGCCAAUUAGUUGAAAAACUUCAACUUGUCAAUCUUAAUCCAAAUAUUGUCAUGCUUUCUUUUGAUGUUAGCAAUUUAUUUACUUCAGUACCAAAAAAUGAAUCGAUUAGUCUGGUUAAUUCACUCCUCUUAAAUAAUUCUGUCACUUCCACCACCACUUCGUCUAUUAUAAACAUUCUCAAAAUUUGUCUAUCUCAAGAUUACUUUGUUUUUAAUAACAACUUUUAUCAACAACCUGACGGUUUAGCAAUGGGUAGUUGCUUAUCACCUUUCUUAGCUGAUGUUUUUAUGGAUCACUUAGAAUCCAACUAUAUCAUAAAAAAUCCAGAGAUCUUACACUGGUUCCGUUAUGUUGAUGACAUUUUAGUCCUCAUUUCUGGUAACUCUGAUUCAGCUCACAACUUACUUCACAAAAUAAAUCAAAUCCAUCCUAAUAUCACCUUUACCAUGGAACUAGAAUCUUCUAACUCCAUUAACUUUCUGGAUUUAUCUAUUACCAGACUACAUGACCACUUCAACUUUGGUAUCUACCGUAAACCAACACAGACAGAUCAUGUUAUCCAUUCUACUUCUAAUCACCCUUUAUCAUAUAAACUCUCUGCUUUUCGCAGUUUUAUACAUAGAUUAAACUCUAUUCCUUUAUCCGUAACUGAAUUCAACAAAGAGUUGAAUAUUAUCAAACAGAUUGCAGUCAACAAUGGUUAUGACCCAGACAUUAUCACUAAACUUCAACAAAAAAGAGAACUCAAAUUACUACAACAAUCCGCUUUCUCUACAUCAUCCACAACUACUCCCAUCUAUGCCUCCUUACCAUUCAAUAACUCCAAAUUAUCUGAAAGAGUCAAACAUAUCAUUUCAAAUUCUUGUGACAACAUAAAAAUAUCUUUCAAAGUUAAUAACACUCUCAGCAAAAGUUUAACUAAUACCAAAGAUCCUAUCCAUUAUAUGAACCGGAGUGGGGUAUACAGACUCUCUUGUUCAGAUUGUGAUGCCACCUACAUCGGCAGAACUUACAGAUCCCUUUCUACCCGAUCUGCUGAACACAGCAAGAGAGAUACCACUUCUGCCUUUUCACACCAUUUAAAAGUCAAUAAACAUGAACUUAAGAUUCCUGAAGGUGUCCAGUUGAUACACAAUAUUCAACAAAACAAUACACUCCGUUUAGACUUAUACGAAGAUUUGGAGAUUGGCAAGGACAUGAAGAAGAGUCCCAACUGUGUCAAUAGACAAACAUCCCUUAACCGCAACUUUGUCCCCAUUCACCGCCAAUUAUUCUCAUAAUUCCUAUUUUUUCAACUUCCUCUUUUUAUCCUAUUCUUUCUCUUUCAACUUACUCUCUCUUCUUUUUCAAAAUUUCCUCUUUCCUUCACUGCUUCCAAACUCCUUUACCCGAAUAACAUUAUUAACUAUUGAACCCUAUUAACCAUCACCUCAUUAAUUCACCCUACUAUCUUUUUACUUCUUUUUCAUUUCAUUACUUCGUUCAGUUUAAUUCCACACCUCAUCUUUUCUUUAUCCCUCUCUUUCCCUUAAAAUUCUUGUCUUUAUACCUUACACCAGAGCCCUCUGCUUUUUGUCUUUGACCUUUUCCAAGAAAACUUUUACCUCUCCAACUAACAUCCAUUCACUUGAUUUCAGUUCUCACAUUCAGAUCCAUUAUCAUUACAAUUAAAUUAUAUCUAUAUUCUUUUUCUUACUUUGGUUUUAUUUUAUUCAGUACACUUUCAAUAUUAUUUUCAUUUUAAUUUCAUUUUUGUAUCAACUGGACUUAACAGCUAUAAUCAUACAUUACUUUAUCUCUAAUUUCCCAUACCAACACUUUGUCACAAGAAUUCUCUCAAAACUUUUGAAAUAAAAUUAAAAAAAUAAACCAUCUCAUAAUAAUUACAAUUCUUUUUCAUUCACAUAUUACACACUUUUAAUUAUUUGACUGUAUCCUAACUCAAAUCCAUUAUUUACAAAAACUUGCAUUUUUAAAUAACAAUAUUUUCCUUUUACAUAUACAACCACCAAUACAAUAUAGACUAGAUUAAAUUGCCUACCAAUUUAUUCAUUUUGUACAAUAACUUUCCAACUAAUAUUGAUUUUUCUCUUUUCUCACCUUCAUCUAUUUUUAUCUUUUUAUCUUUAUUGACAGCAGCUUACUUUCUUUCUAUCAAUUUGAUCAAUCUAAUGUUAUGGUAUACAGUCAAUAUAAAUAAUCUUAUAUUCUAAAUUAAUUUUGUAUAUCACAAUUUCUUUUCAAUAACCAAUAGAUUUAAAAUGUUAGACAUUUUCAGAUAUUAAAAUCUUUAUCAUUUGUUGUGGGUCAUGACCUUUUGGUUAAUUAACAUUGAAAAUCGACUACCUUUUUCUCUACUGUCAAUGUCACUUCAAACAGUUCCUUAGACAUUAGUGUCACUUUAUAGUCAAAGUUGGCCUAAGAUGGUUGAUUGAGGUUUUGGUAGGGUUUCACCAUGUUCCCAUAGGCAAUAUCCUGUAACAUCGGCGUUUAGCCUGUUUAAUAUUAUUUUUAAAUAAUGUAAAUUGAAUUUUAAAUUCAACCAUUGUUUGGUUCUGGGGCUGUUUAGCAAGUAUGCACAUUCACUGAUGAUGGACCGAUAGGUCUGAAAACGUUCUGAAUUGGACAUUUUUAUUCAAUCCAUUGGGAUUUUUAAGUUUUAAUAAAUAUACCAAUUUACAUAGAAGUGGUUUUACUUCUUGUUAGAGUUUUUUAACUAUAUGGUAUACAGCCAACCUAGGGAACCUCCCUUUUA